UGUAAUUGGCGAUCAGAUUUAUCAUUUGUGAAAAGUUUACAGUUGCGUGUGCAUAAAUUAAUCAUGAAUAAAUCCAAGACAAUGAAGUCAACCAAACUAUAUGUUAUAAAAAGAGAUGGAAGGCAGGAGGAAGUACAUUUUGAUAAAAUUACAUCCAGAAUACAGAAGCUAUGUUAUAAUUUGAAUAUGGACUUUGUGGAUCCUGUAUCCAUCACCCUGAAAGUUAUAAAUGGCCUGUACUGUGGAGUAACAACCCAAGAAUUAGACAAUUUGGCUGCGGAAAUUGCAGCGAGUUUAACCACGCAACAUGCGGAUUAUGCGCAAUUGGCGGCCAGAAUUGCAGUUUCCAAUCUUCACAAGGAGACCAGAAAAGUAUUUUCAGAUGUGUUUGAGGAUCUUUAUAGGAACGUUAACAAGGAAACUGGACAGGCAUCACCAAUGGUUUCCGAUUUCCAUUACAACGUGGUUAAAAAGAAUUCAGAUCGUCUCAACUCUGCCAUCAUUUAUGAUCGUGACUUUGGCUAUAACUAUUUUGGAUUCAAGACUCUGGAGCGCUCCUAUUUGUUAAAGAUCAAUGGCAAAAUUGCUGAACGUCCACAGCACUUGUUGAUGCGUGUGGCCAUUGGAAUCCAUGGUGAAGACAUCGAUUCCGCCGUGGAGACAUAUAAUUUAUUGUCGGAACGAUAUUUUACACAUGCAUCGCCAACACUUUUUGCUGCUGCCACAAAUCGUCCACAAUUGUCAUCGUGUUUUCUGUUAACCAUGGUAGCGGAUUCAAUUGAAGGCAUCUUUAAAUCCGUUGAACAAUGUGCGAUGAUCUCCAAAUCAGCCGGUGGCAUUGGACUCAAUGUGCAUUGUAUUCGUGCCAAGGGCACUUCGAUUUGUGGCACAAAUGGCACCUCAAAUGGCUUGGUUCCCAUGCUGCGAGUCUUUAACAAUGUGGCUCGUUAUGUGGAUCAAGGUGGUGGCAAAAGACCAGGAGCAUUUGCCAUUUAUCUGGAGCCUUGGCAUUCCGAUGUCUUUGAGUUUUUAGAUCUGAAGAAGAACACGGGCAAAGAAGAACAUCGUGCUAGAGAUCUGUUUUAUGCCUUAUGGAUUCCUGAUCUCUUUAUGAAACGCGUUGAAGCCAAUGGGGAUUGGUCGUUGAUGUGUCCACACAAGUGUCCCGGCUUGGAAGAUGUUUGGGGUGAUGAAUUUGAUACGCUUUAUACCAAAUAUGAGCAAGAGGGACGCGCUAAUCGUGUAAUUAAAGCGCAAUCUCUUUGGUUUGCCAUCAUUGAAUCGCAAGUGGAAACUGGCACUCCAUACAUGCUCUUCAAGGACUCUUGCAACCGCAAGAGCAAUCAACAAAAUGUUGGCACCAUUAAAUGCAGUAAUCUAUGUACAGAAAUUGUUGAAUAUUCGGCUCCCGAUGAAAUAGCCGUUUGCAAUUUGGCAUCCAUUGCUCUAAAUAUGUUUGUGACACCCCAAAAGACAUAUGAUUUCAAGAAACUGAAGGAAGUUACAAAGAUCGUUACCAAAAACUUGAAUAAAAUAAUCGACAUCAAUUUCUAUCCAUUGCCUGAGGCAAAAAAAUCCAAUUUAAGACAUCGUCCAAUUGGAAUUGGAAUUCAGGGAUUGGCGGAUGCUUUAAUUCUAAUGCGUUAUGCAUAUGAAAGCGAUAAAGCUGUUCUUUUGAAUCAACAAAUCUUUGAAACCAUCUACUAUGGAGCAUUGGAAGCCAGUUGUGAGCUGGCCCAAAAAGAAGGACCAUAUGAAACCUAUGCUGGAUGUCCAGUUAGCAAAGGCAUUCUGCAGUAUGAAAUGUGGGACAAGACACCGACCGAUCUCUGGGAUUGGCAGGUCCUUAAGGCGGCUAUCAAGGAGCAUGGAAUAAGGAAUUCUUUGCUUGUUGCUCCGAUGCCCACAGCAUCUACUGCACAAAUUAUGGGUAAUAACGAAUCCUUUGAACCGUACACUUCGAAUAUUUACACACGACGAGUAUUGUCCGGGGAAUUCCAAGUGGUAAAUCAUCAUCUGUUGCGUGAUUUAACCGAGCUGGACUUGUGGGAUGAUGAUAUGAAGAAUCAAAUCAUUGCCAGUCGCGGAUCUAUACAAAAUAUUGAAUCCAUUCCCCAAGAAGUUCGCGAACUGUAUAAAACCGUAUGGGAAAUAUCCGUAAAGUCAACUAUCAAAAUGGCAGCAGAUCGAGGAGCGUUUAUUGAUCAAAGCCAGUCAUUUAAUAUUCAUGUUGCUGAACCCAACUAUGGCAAAUUGACAUCCAUUCAUUUCUACUCUUGGAAAGCUGGUCUCAAGACCGGAAUGUAUUAUCUACGUACUAAGCCAGCGGCGAAUGCUAUUCAAUUCACAGUAGAUAAAAAUCGGCCACUGUUGGAAGUUAAUGGACAGAACUCCACAGAACAACAUUCUUCAAUAGAUCUAAAUGUCAGCAACAGCACCGAGACGGACAUUGAGCGAGAACGCAAAAUGGCUGAUAUGGUGUGUUCUCUUGAAAACAAGGAUGCAUGCUUGUCCUGCGGAUCUUAAACAUUAUUUAUAUACCUAUUAUUAUUGUACACUUAAAUCCAUAAGAAUGAAUGCGAAUUGUAAUACACCGUUCUAUAAUAUUUAAAAUAAAACAUUGAAUGUCAUAAACGUAGA